GAAUGGCAGAAAGGCCAUUAUCAAAGAAUUUCAGGAAUGGUACAAACAGAAACCUUCUGCACACAUGCUUGCGUUUGCUGCUUCUGAUUCCUCGGGUCCUGUAGGAUCUGAUGCCUCCAGACCUCAGACUCCCACAGUGGAUGAUGACUUGACCAUUCCAUCCAAGGCAAAAUUGCAGCGGCUUAUUUCAGAAAAUGGAGUGUAUGAGAAAAGAACGGCUUUCAGGCUGAAGUGCUGGUAUGUACAUGAAGAGGUGCUGAAAAAAUUUAGGAUGGAGAAUCUUCCUGUUCCAGGACAGUGGCAUUAUCUCACACAAGUCCAAUCUGCAGUCAAGGAGGAAAAUACCAUUCCAGCAGGAAGUGGACAGAAUUCUCCUUGUUUGGGAAGGAAUACAGGGCAAUGUGUAACUGGCUCAAGCAAGAGGAAAGCUGCUGGAAGUAUGUCAAUCAAACAGUUUAUGCACAAGUUUGUAGAUGCUGAUGGUCAGACUGAAGUAAUGGAGACAGAUGGUUUUCAAGCAGAUACAGAAGAAGAUGAUGAUGCAGACUGUGUUAUUGUUGAAGUACACACAAAUAAUCCUGCUCCAAACAGAGAAGGGAGUAAGGAGCAAUCCGCAGACUUAUGCGCUGGAUUGGUGAAGAGUGAAGAAAUGUCAAACCGAUCUAUCUCUGGACUGGUCAGCAGUGAGGCACAGCCUGUAGUGUUGUGUUGUGGUUUAGCAGCUGGUGAUGCUCAGUCCACAGAGCCGAGCUCAGACCUGACCACUGAAGAGACGAUGGACAUUGAACCCUGUGAAAAUGCUGCUGUCAAACUUCCCAACAGACCCUGAAUUGAUUUAAGAUAUAUAUAUACUAAUAGCUGUAUGUAUGUAGGCUACUUUUUAGAAACUUUUUACAACAACUUUUUUUCUGUAUCAUUUCAUAAACUUUGACUUAAAAUACUUGAAGUUCUGUUUAAAAAAAUAAAAUGGCACUUUUGCAACAGAUUUGUAACUUGAUAAUUUAAAGCAAGUAAAACCACUGGCUUCCCUAAACACACUUGCAACUGUACAAUGUGAAAGAUGUUUGUAUAAUGGAAUUUCACAAUCCUUUUAAAUUAAUGCUUCCCAAACUGUUUGCAACUGACUCCAAUUUGAGGCUUAAACUAUUGUAACCUCUUAGUGAGCUGUGACAGGAGAGGAGUUAACUUUUUGGAGCAAGGAGAAGGGGUUUACCCAUGGCUGUCUGAGCUUGCAAACCUAGAAUUUCAGCUUGUGGCCUGAUGUGAGGUCAUGAUCCCAACUUUGGGAAGCUCUGACUUAAACAACACUAUCCUUGCUUCACUCUGAAGCACUGGUGAUUUGUUUAAUGUCAAUUUAUUUUAACUUGGUUAAGGUAAUAUAGCUUUCUUUUUUAUAGUACCAUUCAGCAUUGCCAUCAACAGCUAUGAGGGAUUUAUAUUGUAUUUGUAGAUAAUGGAUGUCUACUUGGAACACUUUUACAUUUGACUUGUAAUCUCAUGAAUAGAUAUUGAUUUUCAUAUUUGUUUCUCUUGUCCUCAUCCUUCCAUCAUCCACAAGUCUCUGAGAUAUUACUUUAACAGAUUUACAUGGGUUAUUUUAUUUUAAGAUGGUUGUAGUAUAAUAGACUUCAAAUCUAAUUUAUACAAACUCACUGUGCCAUUCCUACCCAAAGACAAACUGUAGACAUCAAUUUUUAUGACAACUGAAGGUUAGAGCCAAGCCUUGUACACUGCUUUUGAGAUUUAAUUUGCUUAAUAAGCUCACAGUUCUACCUUGUAUUUAAUAAUGUGUAUUUGUGUCUAGCUUGCAUUAAAAUCAACUGUUCACAAGCAA